AUGUUCGCUAGCGAUUUAGUGGAGGUUUUUGGAAUUUCAGGAUGUCCGGACACUUCGAAAUUCGUUAAAAAUCAGCUCGUUCCGUUUUAUGAGAAGUUUAGCUCAAAUUUCUCAAAGGAUUUUAAGUUGGAUUUUCAUGCGGUACCCACUGGAGGGAGUAACGUCGAUGGGCACUAUGUAAACCGAUGUCUACAUGGAAAAACUGAAUGUGCACUGAAUAAGCUUCAAAUGUGUGCUAAAAAGCAUGUCUCUGGUGAUUGGAUGGUGAUAAUUGGAUGUAUUCAGGGCUUGAAGAGCUAUAAUAAGGCUUUGGAGUGUCUUCCAGCGACGGAAGAGGCGAAAAUCGUUAAAACUUGUGCGGAAACCGACGAGGGUGAGUAUCUACUAAAUGACGAGAACUCGUAUCGCUUCAAUGUGGCACCAGCAUCGUCUUGGCUCCCCUGGAUUCAAGUCAACGGAAAACGCGAGCCGUACGCUGAGCACCACCUAAAAGAUGUAGUUUGUAGUCUGGAAUCGAUGAAGAAUGAGGAAAUGUGUCAGGAAAAUUGA